CACGCACAUUGUUACUGAACACACAAACCCUCUCACCAAACCUUCAUCGAUCUCUUUGUUUUUUUAUAAAUUAUAAUAUUGAUACGAAGUUGUUUCUGUAAAUAGCAAUUCAGAGACCUUAAAGGUAGUGAGUAUUUUCCUCCUUACUUAAUCUAUUGUGUGAUCAAAGUCGUUAUUAUUAAAUUAGAUAAUUGAUAACCAUGUCGAUGAAGCUGUUAUUAGCUUCCCUAUCCAUUUCGGUGUGGCUUUUCAUGGCAACAUUAUCCCUUGCCCAAUCCAACAACCGCUACGUCUUUGACACACAUGGCGACCCUCUUGAAACUGACGAUGAAUAUUACAUCAGGCCGGCCAUAACAGACAACGGAGGGCGUUUCACAUUGAUCAACAGAAACAGGUCGUGCCCUUUGUACGUCGGUCUCGAAAACACCGACACGCCGCAGGGCUACCCGAUGAAAUUCACCCCUUUUGCCAACAAGGACGACGACGAUAACUUGAGGGUGAACACGGACUUGAAAGUGACACUGGUGCAAGUUUCCACAACGUGUGUGCAAUCCACCGAAUGGAAGUUGGGUGAGAAUGACACGAGGAGUGGAAGGAGGCUCAUCGUCACUGGGCGAGAUAAUGGGAUACAAAGUGCAGGUAACUAUUUUAGAAUUGUGGAAACAGAAAGUGUUGGUAUUUAUAACAUCCGGUGGUGCCCUACGGAAGCAUGCCCCACUUGCAGAUUCAUUUGUGGGACCGGUGGUAUUCUGCGUGAGAAUGGAAGGAUUUUGUUUGCCUUGGAUGGUACCACUCUCCCAGUUGUGUUCCAGAAAAAAGAUGAUUAAUUUGAAGCCCCAAGUCUGAAGAUUGUGACGGUUUUUGGUUAUAGGGAAUAAUAUUUAUUUUUUUAUGCGUAAGAAUUUAAUACACCAUAAUGGGAUUUACAAUACUUAGUAUAAGAAAUAAUAUACGAUGGAGCUCUCAUCCUUUUUUAUGGGAUGAAAUAAAGAUACAUGCAUUCAGUAUUCUCUUCUUGAUUUGUAGAAAAAAGCUCCUAAAUUGAUAUUAUUUGUAUGUAAUUCAUUUACUACAUACUUGAUUAAAUAAAUUAUUAUAUAAUUUACUUUUUCU